UGACAGGACUUAAAUCUAAGAAGUGCCAAGGUGGAGACAAACAAAAUCUUGGGACAAAACAUUUUUGCCCUGUGCUGGGGACAGCUUCUGGCCCACCAUGGCUCCUGUGAAGAUCAGCCACGUGGUAUCAUUUUCCUCUCAGGAUCCCAGAUACCCUGUGGAGAACUUGCUGAACCCAGACAGUCACAAGGGACCUUGGCUCAGCUGCCCUCAGGACAGAAGUGGACAACUGAGAGUGGAACUGCAGCUGGAGAGGGCAGUGCCCAUCGGCUACAUCGAUGUGGGUAACUGUGGCUGUGCUUUCCUGCAAAUCGAUGUGGGCCGUUCUUCCUGGUCUCUGGACAGACCUUUCGUCACCCUGCUCCCUGCAACCAUGCUGAUGUCCCUGACUGAUUCAAAGCAGGGGAAGAACCGCUCAGGGGUUCGCAUGUUUAAAAAUGAUGAUUUCCUGGCUCCAGCCUCAGGAGAGGCAUGGGAUCGACUCCGGCUGACCUGCUCCCAGCCCUUCACCCGGCUCCAGUCCUUUGGCCUGGCCUUCCUGCGGGUGCGUUCCUCCCUGGACUCCUUAGAUGACCCUGUGGCGGGUCCCUCAGCCCCGGUGAGCCCCAGACUGAGCCAGGUCUCUUCUGAUUCUCCAGACUCUGGCCCCAGUCCCUGGCUGGCUAAUCCUUCCAUCCGGAGGACAUUCUUCCCAGACCCUCAGACGAGCACCAAGGAAAUGUCGGAGCUCAAGAAUAGCCUCAUGCAGCUGCAGCCAGGGACUCUGGGGCGCUCAGCCCGCAUGGUGCUCUCGGCUGCCCAUAGGGUGCCUCCAGCCAGCAUAACAAGCCUAAAGAACCACCAGGCACAACCAGGCCCCAGUCGUCUGGACAGUGCAGAGCCGAGAGCAGAGGAUCAAAACUCAGAGAAUGCUGUGGGCAGGACGAAGAAACGGAAAAUACAGCACAAGAGGCCUCCCUCCAAGUCUAGUUCUCUGCCAGACAGGGGGAAAGCAGCGAGGGCAGGGCAGAGAGAACGGCGGCAACCCCAGACCCAGAGCACUGCUGUCCAGGACAGUGGGCAGUGCCCCAUUUGUGCAGGCUCCUUCAGUGCUGAGAUCCUUCCCCUGCACGCUGCCACGUGUGGAGAGCCCUCCCCACCACAGUCAGCCUCUUCCUCCUCCUCGCCAUCUUCAUCUCCAUCUGUGCUGUGGGUGUCCUCCCCGGAGAGCUCACCAACCCGUUCCUGCAUCCAGUGCCCCAUCUGCCAGCUGCAGUUCUCAGCGAGAGAAGUGGAAGAGCACGCCAGCGUGUGUGGGGAGGCCCCUCGGGUGGGUGCCAUGGACCCCCUCACGCCACAGCCUAACUGGACGGAGAUCGUGAACAAGAAGCUCAAGUUCCCGCCCCCGCUGCUGGGUGCCAUCCAGGAGGGCCGCCUGGGGCUGGUGCAGCAGCUGCUGGAGACUGGGGUAGAGCCCACAGGUGCCGGACCCGGCGGGCCACUGCGGAACGUGGAGGAAGCUGAGGACCGCUCCUGGAGGGAGGCGCUCAACCUGGCCAUCCGCCUGGGCCACGAGGCCAUCACCGACGUGCUGUUGGCCAAUGUCAAGUUUGACUUCCGGCAGAUCCACGAAGCGCUGCUAGUGGCGGUGGACACGAACCAGCCCACGGUAGUGCGCCGCCUGCUGGCCCGGCUGGAGCGGGAGAAGGGCCGCAAGGUGGACACUCGGUCUUUCUCGCUGGCGUUCUUCGACUCGUCGAUCGAUGGCUCCCGCUUUGCACCCGGCGUCACCCCGCUCACCCUGGCCUGCCAGAAGGACCUGUACGAGAUCGCGCAGCUGCUCAUGGACCAAGGUCACACUAUCGCCCGGCCCCACCCGGUCUCCUGCGCCUGCCUGGAGUGCAGCAACGCCCGGCGCUAUGACCUGCUCAAGUUCUCCCUGUCCCGCAUCAACACCUACCGCGGCAUCGCCAGCAGGGCCCACCUCUCUCUGGCCAGUGAGGACGCCAUGCUGGCAGCCUUCCAGCUCAGCAGAGAGCUCAGGCGCCUUGCACGCAAGGAGCCAGAGUUUAAGCCCGAGUACAUUGCCCUGGAGUCGCUGAGCCAGGACUAUGGCUUUGAGCUGCUGGGCAUGUGCCGGAACCAGAGUGAGGUCACCGCAGUGCUCAACGACCUGGGCGAGGACAGCGAGACUGAGCCCGAGGCUGAGGGCCUGGGCCAGGCCUUUGAGGAGGGAAUCCCCAACCUGGCGAGGCUUCGGCUGGCUGUCAACUACAACCAAAAGCGGUUUGUAGCGCACCCCAUCUGCCAGCAAGUCCUGUCCUCCAUCUGGUGCGGGAACCUGGCGGGUUGGCGGGGAAGCACCACCAUCUGGAAGCUCUUCGUCGCCUUCCUCAUCUUCCUCACCAUGCCCUUCCUCUGCCUCGGCUACUGGCUGGCGCCCAAGUCCCGGCUGGGCCGCCUGCUGAAGAUCCCGGUGCUGAAGUUCCUGCUGCACUCCGCCUCCUACCUGUGGUUCCUCAUCUUCCUGCUGGGGGAGUCUCUGGCCAUGGAGAUGCAGCUGAGCACCUUCCGCGGCCGCAGCCAGAGUGUCUGGGAGACUUCGCUGCACAUGGUUUGGGUCACAGGCUUCCUGUGGUUCGAGUGCAAGGAGGUGUGGAUCGAGGGCCUGCGCAGUUACCUCCUGGACUGGUGGAACUUCCUGGACGUGGUCAUCCUGUCCCUGUACCUGGCGUCCUUCGCGCUGCGCCUCCUCCUGGCUGGGCUGGCCCACAUGCACUGUCGGGAUGCUACCAAGGGGGCUGCCUGCCACUAUUUCACCACAGCUGAGCGAAGAGAGUGGCGCACCGAGGAUCCGCAGUUCUUAGCUGAGGUCCUCUUCGCUGUCACCAGCAUGCUCAGCUUCACCCGCCUGGCCUACAUCCUCCCGGCCCACGAGUCCCUGGGCACUCUCCAGAUCUCCAUCGGCAGGAUGAUCGACGACAUGAUCCGGUUCAUGUUCAUCCUCAUGAUCAUCCUGACCGCCUUCCUCUGUGGCCUCAACAACAUCUACGUGCCCUACCAGGAGACGGAGCGGCUGGGCAAUUUCAAUGAGACAUUCCAGUUUCUGUUCUGGACCAUGUUUGGCAUGGAGGAGCACAGCGUGGUGGACAUGCCUCAGUUUCUGGUGCCAGAAUUCGUGGGCCGGGCCCUCUACGGCAUCUUUACCAUCGUCAUGGUCAUCGUGCUGCUCAACAUGCUCAUCGCCAUGAUCACCAACUCCUUCCAGAAGAUCGAGGACGCCGCUGAUGUGGAGUGGAAGUUCGCCCGCUCCAAGCUCUACCUGUCCUACUUCCGAGAGGGCCUGACGCUGCCUGUGCCCUUUAACAUCCUGCCCUCCCCAAAGGCCAUCUUCUACUUUCUCAGGAGAAUCUGCCGGUUCAUUUGCUGUUGCUGCUCCUGCUGCAAAACCAAGAAGCCAGACCACCCUCCCAUCCCCACCUUCGCCAAUCCCGGGGUCGGACCAGGGGUAGGGCCUGGGGAGGGAGAGCGAGGAUCCUACCGUCUCCGCGUCAUCAAGGCUCUGGUGCAGCGCUACAUAGAGACCGCCCGGCGGGAGUUCGAGGAGACCCGCAGGAAAGACCUGGGCAACAGACUGACCGAGCUGACCAAGACUGUGUCUCGACUGCAGAGCGAGGUGGCCGGUGUGCGGCGAACCCUGGCCGAGGGAGGGACGCCUCGGCCUCCGGAUGGCGCCAGCAUCCUCAGUCGCUACAUCACGCGAGUGCGCAACAGCUUCCAGAAUCUGGGCCCCCCUGUCCCGGAGACCCCAGAGUUGACAGUGCCAGGGACUGUGGGCAGCCAGGUAUCUGUGGAAACGGGGCUUCCGGACACUGGAGGAACGAGGACUCCAGCUUCUGGGGAGUCUGGGCCCUCCUCCCCGGCUCAUGUACUUGUGCAUCGGGAGCAGGAAACAGAAGGGGCUGGGGACCUGCCCCAGGAGGGGGAUUUAGGGACCACAGGGGGGUCCUGA